AUGUCAGGACCUCCUGCGGCCGCCACAGCUGACAACAGCACCAACACCCCGCGCCCCAAACCAUCCCGCCGCGGAGGCAGGGGACGUGGCAAUCGUGGCUCCCAUCGCCAGACCCAGGCACAGUCGUCUUCAGAUGCACAACCACAGACACAACAAAUUCCAUCCGCACAGCCUACCGAUGCCCCGACUUCUAAUACACCUAGUGACGCCUCGCGAUCGCGAAGAGGGCCGAGAAGAGGGAGAGGUGGGGGAGGUGGCCAGGAUAGCGGUCGACGGGGAGGACGUGGAGGAAAUGCACGAGGUGGCGACCGGGGGCCCCGACAUGCUGGUGGACGCGCAUUCCAGGGACAAUUGACGCGGACGGAUCAGGGUUCAGAGGAUAGUGUCCAAGAUAAUGCGGGGGAUGCGAAUGACCCGGGAUUGAGGGCUGAUGCGCCUGUGUUUGUGCCGGGUACUCAGCCGAAUGGGGCACCUCCGAGUGAAGCAUCCAAGGCCACGCCACCUACGAAUCUUAAAGGGAAGUCCAAGGCGAAAAAUACUCAGCCUCGACCUCCGAAAGUCACCACGAAAUCGGUAGCACCGGACAUCGCCACCCGUAUACACGAAGACAUCGGCCACAAUCUCUACGAGUGCCCUAUUUGCACGAGCGAGCUUGGUCGCAGAUCGCGCGUUUGGAAUUGCAGUCUCUGCUGGACGGUAUUUCACCUGAGCUGUGUUAAGAAGUGGUCGAAAAACGAAGGAGCAGCUGCUCAGGAUCCUGCCCGCCGGCAACAGGAGAGUGGAGAAUCCAGCGCUCCCCGCGCCUGGCGCUGUCCAGGCUGCAAUCUUCCUCAGGAAGUCUUUCCUUCAAGCUAUUCUUGUUGGUGCGAAAAGGAGGUCGAUCCACGUCCGCUGCCUGGUCUCCCUCCCCAUUCCUGUGGUCAAACUUGUUCGCGACCUCGCAAGGGCUGCCCCCACCCAUGCGAUUCGACCUGUCACGCCGGUCCCUGUGCUCCUUGCACAGCUAUGGGGCCGACACAGGACUGCUUCUGCGGAAGUAAUUCAUCCACCAAGCGAUGUCAAGACACUGACUACGAGAAAGGAUGGAGUUGCGGUCAGACUUGUGGUGAUCUUCUGCCUUGCGGCGAGCACACUUGUUCUAGGCCGUGCCACGAGGGCCUUUGCGGCGCUUGCGAGGAAAAAAUAGAAGCACGCUGCUACUGUGGAAAGGUUGAAACGCAGAUGCUGUGCAGCUCAAAGGACGAGGAGCUGGAGAGUGAGUUGUUGCACGGUGCACAGUCGGAUCAAGAUAGUACGAUUGAGAAAUGGACUGGUUGUUUCAACUGCGGGGAUCAGUGCAAUCGCCCUUUCGACUGCGGAGUGCACUUCUGCCAGAAAAGCUGCCAUCCUCAAGAUGCCAGCCCUGCCCAUUGCCCUAGAUCACCCGAUGUAGUGCUUCACUGCCCUUGCGGAAAGACGCCAUUGACGAAAAUCUCGGAAUCUCCCCGCACCUCCUGCGAGGACUCUAUUCCCAACUGCUCGGAACCAUGUGGUAAGAUUCUGCCAUGUGGACAUCCGUGUGAAAAGAUUUGCCACGUCGGUUCAUGUGGGCCUUGUCGGCAGAAGGUUCUAAUUAACUGUCGUUGUGGCCGCACCACUUCCACGAGUCUGUGUCAUCAAGGUAAUAUCGAGCCUCCUCAGUGUUUCCGUGUGUGCAAGGCAGGCUUGCAUUGUGGCCGCCAUGCAUGCGCUGAACGAUGCUGCCCAGGGGAACAAAAAGCGGUUGAGCGUCAGGCUAUGCGGCGGAAACUCAAAGCUCACCUCCGUCCAAGUGAUGAGGACGUGGAGGCUGAACAUAUUUGCACCCGGGUCUGUGGCCGGACGCUGAAAUGCGGAAGGCAUACAUGCCCAGAGAUUUGCCACAAGGGACCCUGCAACACUUGCAGGGAGGCGGUUUUCGAGGAGAUCUCGUGUAACUGCGGUCGAUCUAUCUUACACCCGCCUUUGCCCUGUGGGACGCAACCACCGCCGUGCUCGCAACCGUGCGAACGCCCCAAAGAUUGUGGACAUCCGCAAACCUCCCACAACUGUCACACUGACGAGGAGAGAUGUCCCAAAUGUCCAUUUUUAACACAGAAGGCUUGCCUGUGCGGGAAGCAGGUACUGAAGAAUCAGCCUUGCUGGCUAGCCGAUGCACGAUGUGGUAAGAUUUGCGGCGCACUGCUCAAGUGCGGUUCCCACACGUGUCAGAAGAAUUGCCAUCGCCCAGGAGAUUGCGAGGAUGCAUCAAAGCCUUGUCAGCAAGCGUGUAGGAAGAGCAAGUCCUUGUGCGGACAUCCUUGUACCGAUCCUUGUCAUGCUCCCUACCCAUGCCCCGAGAAGACGCCGUGCUCGUCCAUGAUCGCUGUAACAUGUGGUUGUGGACGACUCCGUCAGGAGCGACGCUGCAAUGCAGCCAAGGCCGUGACAUCCAAGGGACAAGUGCAGCAGCCGCAAAGGUUGCCCGUCUUGACCCCGCUGACCUGUGAUGAUGAAUGUGGUCGCUUGGAGCGAAAUCGCUCUCUGGCGUCGGCUCUGGGUGUUGAUAUCAACCAGUCGACCACAGUCGCCCAGAACCUAACAUCUACAAACCUUCCGUACUCCUCGGAGACUCUGGACAUGUACGUUAGGCUCUCCUCUUCAUCUCCUUUGUCCACCCUUCAGACCUACGAAGCCACCCUACAGUCUCUUGCAACAAGUACGACCCAGCGAUCAAUUCGGUUCCAGCCCGCCAAAACCCCUUUGCGAGCCUUUUCCCAUUCUCUUGCAGCAGACUGGGGCUUCGCCACUGAGAGCUUCGACCCCGAACCUCACCGUCACGUGUUUGUUCUCAAGCCCACAUCGUGGACCCCACCGCUAUUUGGUUUGGGCAGCGGAACAGCCAUGGGAAUUGGCGGCAUGAGCGUUGGAGAAUGUGUCAAGCUUCGCGAGCGAUAUAGAACAAAGGAGCGUGAGGCCCAGCGAGUCGCCGCCAUCGAGGCCAAAGCAUCGAGAGACGCCAGCAAAGCUGAGAUAAUUGGUGGCGAAGGUGGCUGGGCCCAAGUUGCCGCCUCUCGACGGGCUAACAAUUCGAGAAGCGCGACUCCCGCGCAAAGCCAGAGUCCUUUAUCUGGAUCGAUGUAUGCUGCUCUUUCUGGCGAUGAAGGAAGCUGGGGAGCUAAGAAGGAACGUCUUGUUCUUCGGUCUGGUGUAGGUGUCGGUAAACAGUUGCGGAGCCAACCUCCCCCGACUGAAGUUGCCGAUAGCUGGGAAGAGGAAGAAGAGAAAGAAGAACAACAAGAGGAACUAGAGAAGGAAGCUGUUGUUGAUAAUAAAGAAGCUGUUCAAGACGACGAGAAAAAAGAAGAACAGAAGGAGGACAUCAUACCCGACCAUAAUGAGGCAGCCCCUCAGAUCGAAACAAACGCAGAGCCGACUGCCACAGCGACCGAGUAA